AGGAGUGACGCGCCUCGUAGUCCCUGCUCGUGCACGCGGCUGCGUCGACAAUGGCGACGCUCUCUUGCGCAAUUUUUUUGGCAGCCGCAGCCACGGCGACUGCCACGAUCCACUGCCAUGUACACUCUCUCAAGGGCGGUGGUUCUGGUGGAGCACCGAUUUUCGCCGGACCCGGUAUCGGCUCCGGUGGCAUCGGCCCCGGCAUUGGCCACGGACCCGUCCACCACGCAUCCGGAGCCGGAAUAGGCUCUGGCUUCGGACCAGGCUAUGGCCCAGGCUUCGGACCAGGCUUCGGCCCAGCCUUCGGACCUGGUGUCGGCCCUUCUCUUGGACCAGGAGUAGGAGCGGGAAUCGGAGCGGGCGUUGGACACGCCGUCGCCCACAGUGGCGGCUUCAAAGGCGGCUUUGGUGGCAGCUACUCGGGCGGCUACAGAAGUGGCUUCUCGGGAGGCGGCUUCGGAGGUGGCGUCUACCCGGUGGGUCCUGGCUUCGGAGGAGGCUUGGCUCCUGCCAGCUUCGCUCCCGUGAACUUCCGGCCCGGAGCGCCCACCUUCAUUCCCGGAGGAGCGACCAAGGUGAUUCUGGUCAAGGUGAAGCAUCUAGGCACGACAACGCAUCCAGGAGGCUUCGGCCCCGGACCUUCGGGACCCUUCGGAGCAGGACCCCUCGGUCACGGCGGCGGCGGAGUGGUGCCUGGUGCACCUUUCGGCGGAGGCUUCGGAGGUGGACAACACGGUGGGGGCUUCGGAGGACUCAAAGGCGGCAAAGGAUGGUGGUGAAAGACGUCUUCACCGUAUCAUAGGGACAGAAGUGGACGCCAUUCGGACGAGACUGUGAACUGCCCCACAAGGCAACGACGUUAAUACGAGGAACACUCAGGACGCGGGGGGCCAUGAUGACCUGUUGAAAACGACGAGUUUAGAGGAACGAAGAGGGGCCAGGGACGUUCAACGCACAGCGCUCCGCCAUAUCGUGGCAUCGGCUGGUCAGACUCAAGUGAAACGAAGUGUAGCGCUCCCUUCAUUGCAGCGCUCGUGCAGCGUGAUGCCCGAGUCCCGCUAGAGCGUCA